AUGGCGGCCGCUUCGGGGCUGACGAUUGUGAUCAAACUCGGGACAAGUUCGAUUGUCGACGAGAAGACACAUGAGCCCAUUCUGUCCAUUUUGACAUUGAUUGUUGAAACGGUGGCUAAGCUGCGCAAAGAUGGACAUAGAGUUGUUCUCGUUUCCUCUGGCGCGGUGGGGGUUGGUUUGCGGAGGAUGGACGUGGAUGAAAGACCGAAAUAUCUCCCCCGAAUACAGGCACUCGCUGCUGUCGGACAGUGUCGACUGAUGAGCUUGUGGGACAACCUCUUCUCACACCUCAAUGUUCCGGUGGCUCAAAUUCUUUUGACGAGAAACGACAUUGCAGAUAAAACUCAAUAUUUCAAUGCACAAAAUACCUUCGAGCAACUGUUCGACAUGGGUGUGAUCCCAAUUGUCAACGAGAAUGACACUUUAGCCGUUUCUGUAAGAACCUCUACCCCGUAUUCGUCAGACUCCCUCCCACCUCGAACACCUCAUCUAACCUCCCAUGGCGUCCCCGUCUUCAAGGAAAUCAAAUUUGGCGAUAACGAUACCCUCUCAGCUAUUGCUGCGGCCACAGUCAAGGCCGAUUACCUAUUCUUAAUGACGGACGUCGACUGCCUCUACACCGCGAAUCCUCGCACAAACCCCGACGCCGAACCCAUCGAGGUCGUUUCCGACAUCUCAUCGCUCGAAGCCGACGUUUCAUCAGCGGGAUCCUCCCUAGGAACCGGUGGCAUGAGUACUAAGAUUGUUGCAGCGAAACUCGGAACCAGCGCCGGAGUAACCACAGUUAUCACCAAAAGUUCCAAACCGGGCAACGUUCACGACAUCGUGAAAUAUCUCCAGGCCCUGCAAGCCAAAUCCAAAUCAAAUGGCGAUGGCGACGGGAUAGAAAUCCCAGCAGCACCAUUACACACGCGCUUCCUCCCCUCAGAAACCCCAAUCCAAUCCCGAACCUUCUGGCUCCUACACGGCCUCCAACCACACGGAACAAUCUACAUAGACCCAGGCGCCUACGACGCCCUCCUCCUAAACAAAGCCAGCCUCCUCCCGGCCGGCGUUCUCGCCGUCGAAGGCCACUUCGGCGCCCACGAAGCGGUCCGUCUCGUCGUUGCAGAACGACCGGAUCCUGACGCGCUUAAUGGCGAUUUCUUGCACCAUAGUCAGGAACCGAAGGAGGUUGGCCGCGCGCUUGUCAAUUAUGGCAGUUUUGAAAUCGAUCAUAUUAAGGGUCAUCGGAGUUCGCAGAUUAAUGAUUUGCUUGGGUAUUCGGAUAGUGAUUAUGUUGCUCUUCAUGAGAAUAUUUCGUUUCAUCCGGAAGGUCCUGCGACGCCGGUUAUGACUCCUGCGCUUGAGGAGUGGAAGUCGCCUAAGUCGCCGACGCCGAUGUCGCCUUAG